UUAUAGCAUAGGACGCUGAGGCCGGGCUGCUCCGUACACGGUCCUCUGUUGCAGGGCGCAGCUGUCACACUGGUGCAGCGGAGAAAUGAGGCCCCCGGGUCCAUUGUGGCAUAACAUCUGACCUGUCCUCAGGAUAGGUCAUCAAUAUCAGAUCGGCGGAGGACACUCUGCGGAAAAAUGAUGAGCGUUGCAGGAUUCUCCCCUCCCGCAGCAGAGAUGGCGGAAAUCAAUCGUAUGCAGUAUGACAUUGAGUACACAGAGGGCAUCAGCCAGAGAAUGAGGGUCCCAGAGAUGCUAAAAGUCGCUUCGAGCAACACAGAAACAGGUUCUAAACCUCCGGUCAACUUCCCCGCGCCUGGUGUCCUCAUGCAAGUUCCUGAGAGAAUUGUUGUGGCAGGUCAUAAUGAGGAAGCAUCCUUUUCCAGGCCUGCUGAUCUGGAUCUUAUUCAGACGACCCCUUUUGAACCUUUGGCACUGAAGACUCCACCUCGGGUACUGACCCUCAGUGAGAGGCCACUGGAUUUCCUGGACUUGGAAAGACCUACACCGGUCACUCCCCAAAAUGAUGAGGUGCGCCAUAUGGGACGACAGAAGAGAGAGCGCUCAGUCAGUGAGAACACUAUAAGACACAAUGGACAACUUGUUAGAAAUGACUCCAUCCCGACUCCAACUGCCCCCACAGGCCGCCUGAACCUUGCUCCCUCGCUCCCCGCAGAUGGAGCAGACCCUUUCUCUGCCCGUGGCAUUCUGUCGCUCAUCCAGACCUCCACCCGCAGGGCUUAUCAGCAGGUCCUCGAUGUGCUGGAUGAAAACCGCAGGCCAGUCUUGCGUGGUGGGUCUUCAGCCUCUGCUCCUUCUCAUCAUGAUAAUCCAAGGUAUGCAGUUUCUACAUUGGAUGCCUCCAUGGAUGGAACACCAGAUGACCUGUCAUUAGUGGAUGCAGCUUCACUCAGAAGACAGAUAAUCAAACUGAACAGACGCCUUCUCCUCCUGGAAGAGGAGAACAAGGAGAGGGUCAAGAGAGAAAUGGUAAUGUACUCCAUCACUGUGGCCUUCUGGCUCCUCAACAGCUGGUUCUGGUUCAGGCGUUAAGAUCUUGCCAGAGAAGGGACUACACAGACCUCAUACAAGGAGACCCACAAACCUUACGACAACACAGACAGUAGUGGGAGAGACCUAAAUCCACAGCACCGCCAUCAGCCUUCUAUGGGAAAAAUACUUGUCAUCGCUUCCCUCCAGCUGAGCCGCAAAGAGUGCAUUCAGCUCUGGCUGUGACUGGGUUAAUGUAUAAAAAAGUGUAUUUUCAUUGUCUGUUAUACUGGAGUGAAGUCUGUGUCGUCUCUGAAGCCUUCUUUCUACGUACAGCAUGCAAUAAUCAUUCCUGAUUUAUGAGACUCAUCAACCGCUGUAGGUUUCUGUUAUAAACUGUGGGACAGGGUUGAGAUGGUUGAGAUGAAAGCAUCACUAUAGCAUGAGAGGGGGUUGUGAAAAAAAAAAUAUCUAGAUUUUCAAGAUGUUAUCAAAUGCAAUUGUGACGAGUCUCAGCUAUGACAAAGGGAAACAAGUUUAUAGCACAAUAGAGCUACAGUAUGUUUUAUACAUAUAUAUUAUAGAUAUGACUGAGCUAAGUUUAUUUGCAUUUCUUGGCAUAUGUGCACAGUCCUGUACAUAAUGCUUGUGCCUCAUGCCAUUGUGUGCAAUGACUGAAAUGCAUCAGCUCUGUAUAUUAGGAUGCGCUAUGGAGGUGAAGAUUGCGUUUCAGUAACUAGAUCGAGGCCCGGUUUACACAUGCAGUUCUUAGGGAAUUUUUUAUUUUUUUUUCCUUUAGCCAAAACUUGGUGUGAAUCAGAAGUGAAGGGAAAAUAUAAAGAAAAACUUAUAUUUGACUUCAAUUUUGGAUCCACUCCUUAGGCCAGAGACACACGAGCAAGUUCAAUACGAUAAACUCGCAGGGUGUGUCAGUGAGGUCCCAUCCUAACCUCUGCUCCUCUUGACAGGAUUGCACAGCAUUAUACUGAAUUAUAAUGCUAUAUAACUCUGUGAGUCCUGAGAUCUAUUGUAUUACACUGACAGAAUACUGUCAGUGUAUUACCAAAGAUUCCAGAACGGUUAAGGCCCCUUGCAGACAAGCGUGAGCUGAUUAGUUCUGCCUGUAAUUGCGUUCAGUUUUUAUCGCGUGGGUGCAAUGCGCAUUGAUGCGUUUUUCACGCGUGAGAUAAAAAACGGAAUGUUUCCAAACAACAUCUCUUAGCAACCAUCCGUGAAAAAUGCAUCGCA